CCCCUCCCACGAAUAACGAUCCAAUUCUGCACGCAAUGCAAAUGGAUGCUCCGCGCCGCCUACUACGCUCAAGAAUUACUAUCCACAUUCUCCCUCGCCAUAGGCGAAGUCGCUCUCCAGCCCUCCACAGGCGGAACCUUUAUCGUCACAAUCCACCACCACCAACCCUCUCCUACAUCCUCCUCCAACACAACCUCAUCAUCAUCAGGAGCAGGAGCAACAGCAACAGAAAUUCAAAGCACAGUCCUCUGGGACCGCAAAACAGACGGCGGCUUCCCCGAAACAAAGGACCUCAAGCGCCGCGUCCGGGACGUCAUCGAACCGGGGCGCAACCUGGGGCACGUUGAUCGCGAUCAU